UUUGGCAAAGAACGGCAGCAAAACAAAAAAGGCGAAGAAGAAGUAAACAAACUUUCGAUUUUUUUUCGGUUGUGGGUGAUUCACAGAAAUGGGCUUCAAGGGCAAAUAUCCGCAGAUGGUCCGAGAUACGGGCUUUAAGCUGCGGCAGUAUCGUGAUGGUCCGCUGGAUUGGAGACUAAUGGGUUCCUAUGAAACGGAGCGAAUCCUUAGGGAGCAAAACUUCGAACUGGUGGACAAGGCCCUGGCCCAUCUGUCGGAGGCUCCUUUGGGCACGGUUCUGGAAACCCACAUCCUGGACAGUGGCAUUGCCAAGUACUUUGUGAUGUCGCAAUAUGCCAUUCAAUACCUGCUCUGCUGUCGCACUUACCUGGACGAAUGUGUCACGGAUUUGAAGGAGGCUCAUUCGACAGCCCAGCAGGAGAUUGCCACACUCCGGAAAUCCUUGAGUGAAUCCAACAACGAGGUGGUGCAGCUGAACAAGCGGAUCACCCAGAUCGAGGCCAUUCGCGAGGUGGUUUAUCCCUGUCAUUUGUGUCCCAAGAACUUUAUCAGCAACGAGGCCCUGAAUGUACAUAUUGGUCGCAAGCACCGCGUGGCCACGCCCCCCAGCCUGACAUCCGCCACGGGAAAGGAUAAGGAUCGGGAAAAGGACACGGAUGUGCACCUGAUCAACACCAUCAAGAUGGAGCUGGAGAUCAAGCAGCUGAAGGAGCGUCUAAAUGCCGCCGAGCGAAAUAUCAAGGAGCGGAGCACGGGAUCGAAACGAGUGAGUCCGCGCCAGGAGCAGCGCACCGUGGGCAUUCAGAGCAAUCUGGCGGAGCCGAAGGAGAAGGACGAGGGCAGCGGAGAGGCGCGGCAGAGCGAGGCCACCGAAAGGAAGGAGCAGCUCACAGGACUGGCAGAACGGCUCAGCACCUUUGAGGAGUGGCAAACGGAGCUCAAGCAAAGCAAUGAGCAGUUCAUAAAGGAUAUUAAUAAACGACUAGAGGGCUUGAGCCACGCCCUUGAGCAGAGCAAACAGGCAUCCGCCAACACGCCUCCUCCGCUGGAAGAUCGUGUUGCCACGCCCUGUUUGGAGGAUCUGGAGCGCAUUCUAACCGAAAAGGUGGCGGAGAUUGGUAAGAUCAGCGCCAACAAGCUGGAGGAGGUGGUUUUCCACCUCGAAAUGGGCUACAAGGAGAAACUGGAGGCCUUGGAGCGGGAGCUCAAAGAGCUGAGUGUGCGAAAGGAGCAGCCUGAGCCCGUCCAGAACUUGCCGGCUGUAUCCAAGAUACCCAAGCCGGUGGGUCGCAAAGAGGAAUCCAAUAUGGAACGCAUUCGAAAGCAAGUGGAGAGCGAAUUUCUCAAAAAGAAACGGGACGACGACACUUAUUCCAUUGAGGAGGUGCCGCGGAAAAGCCCGGAAAAGCCAUUUUCCCAGCUGGUGACCCAAGUGCAAGUGCAUGAGAAGGAGCAGCCAAGUGCUGGAAGUUCGGGCAGCAAUCCAACCUUUACGAAAUCCCCUAGGGAACCUGUUUCCAACAAGCCGGAAACGCGGGAAACUACGGACAUCAGUGAGAGUUUGAGCCAAGAGGAGAUCGAGAAUGCCAAGGAGCAGAGCCAAACGGAGGAGGAGGGCACUGAGGUAUCCACCUCCGAAUCGGAGGCCCCCAGGGAAUUGCCAAAGCCAAAAAUUACCAAGCCUCCUGCAAGGAUCAUUAAAGCCCCUCAAAAACCACUCACCCGCAGGGAUGCUCGAAAGAUGGUCAACCGAAAGCUGAUGCCUUACGGGUUCGAUAUGAAGUCCAAGGGAAUUUCCCACACCUCCCUAAAGAGAGUCAACUCUGAGCUGGCUGAUCAGCGCAACAAACUGAAACUGCAAUAUCCACAUUUCUAUGCUACGCGAAAUCGUAUACGCAAGUUCGUGGAGAAACUCUGCUCCGCGAAGUUCUCGGAUCGUGCUGAAGUGCUCCUCAAACACACAAGCCCAUUGAAACCCAUGGAGGCACCCAAGAAGAGGAUCCAAAGGUCGGUCACUUUGGAGAAGUCGGAGGAGGAUGUAGCCAACUCGCAGGACGGAGAGCAAUCGGAGAGCAGCGAGCAGCAGUCACGAAGUUCCAGUCCUCGACGGACGAUUAGUCGGGAUUUUAAGGCCCGGCUAGAGGAGAUUCUGGUCAAGCCGGCGGCCACAGUCAGAGGAGCUUCCAAGUCGACGUUGAACACCAGGCCGGUCCCGCUGCCCAGGAAGCGGGUUAUGUUCAACACCCUUAGCAGCGGAAAAAGCUUCAACGACAGCGAUGAUAACUUUGAAUAA